AUGCGACACCUCCAGGUAGCAGAGCACGACGACGACGAUAGCACGCCUGGAAGCCCUGACGUUCCGUACCCCAUCCCCGCCUCGCCACCGCCCUCCUUCCACAGCCGUGCCUCAUCGCCCGCGGCCGCUUCGCGCCGCCUCCUAUCCGACGACCCGCUCACCAACGAUGCGGAUCGCACGCUCGCCGACACCUUUGACAGUGAUUCGGAUGAGGAGGAGGAGGGCGAUGGGCGGGACGACCGGCAGCGGCUGAUGCGAGGGAACCCGGACGAGCAGAGGGAGCAUGAGGAGGCGGAGAAUGUGAGAAUAGGCAUUCAGAGACGGGUGACGCAGCUGCCGGUUUUCAAUACGCAGGCACCGACUAGUGGGAGGAUAUAUGGCGGAGGGCAGAACGAUGGCGUGUGGGCGAAUCUGAGCGCGAAGCCGACUCGGGGAGAAGACGUCGAGGAGAAGCCUCCGACCUAUGAGCAAGCCGCCGCAGACGCGACACCACCCUACUGGGAAACCACCAUCCUCGCCCCCGGUACCUUCGGCGACGAAGUCUUCGUCGAAGGUCUCCCCGUCGGCUCCGUCUUCUCCUUCGUCUGGAACGCUAUGAUCUCCAUGUCCUUCCAACUCGUCGGCUUCCUCCUGACCUACCUCCUCCACACAACGCACGCCGCCAAAAACGGCUCCCGCGCCGGCCUCGGCAUUACCCUCGUCCAAUACGGCUUCACAAUGAAGGGCACGGCGCUUACAUCACCCGGCAACGAUGCACCCGGCGGGGGCUUCGAUGGCAGCGUACCAAGCGAUCCGAAUGCGCAUGAUUUCGACCCGAACGCUGUGGCGCCGAGCGAUAGUGGACCCGAGAUGACGCCGGCGAGCUCGGGCAUUUCGAGUAGUGAUUGGUUGGCGUAUGGACUGAUGAUUGUGGGCUGGUUCAUUCUUAUCAAGAGUAUCUCGGACUUUGUGCGCGCGAGGAGACACGAGCAGUUGGUCCUGCAAAGUCCAGAUCGCGGGCUGGGCGUUGCAGUCGUGGCCGAGGGCGAGAGCCCGGAGAGGAGCGUAUAA